CUACCUCUCUCCUCUCUUCCUCAAAAGGCUCCCCAAAAGAGUCCUUUUUCGAGUGUUGAGGCGGGAGGGAGUAGGAGUAGGAGCUGCUGUAGUAGUGAGCUCACUGCGGCUGCAGGUCAGCACACUGUACGUGCUGUGAGCCAUGGAGUCGUUCACCUUCCUCAAGUUCUUGCGCGGGGGUGCGGCUGCCGGCAACCGGGCUGGGGCUGUGGCGGCCACGACCAUAGCCGCGUCUGCGUGUGAAGACGGCGGAGGAGGUGGAGGAGGGGAGGUGGAUGACGACGCGUCGUUCUUUGACCUGGAGUUCGCGGUGCCCGGCGACGAGAGCGCCGCGUCGGACGCCGAGGAGGAGAGGGUCGAGUUCAACUUCUCCGUGGCGGGGGAUGUCGAGUCAGGUGGUGAGGUGGUGGCCGUGGACGACGCGGUGGCGCCGUGCGGUGGCGAGCCCGGCGACGCGAAGGUGGUGGAGCUGGUUUCGGAGGCGGCGCCGCCUCCAGCGUCGUUCCUUAAGCCGGCGACUAAGUUCCGGGUGCUGCUUCUGAAGCUCAGGAAGCCGAAGGUCCCUGUCGCGGCGGAAUGCAACGGCGGCGGCUCCCCGGCGCCUAAGACGAACCGCUUCCUGAUCAAGUUCCGAGUGGACGACGCGCCCUUCGUCUCGCUCUUCACGCGUGACAACAGCUCUCGUACCUCCGACGCCGGCGCAGCCAGGCCGGCUGUACAGGUGCUGCAGCCUGCCGAGUCGGCGGCCAUCACCGCCGAGGAGCGGCGCUUCGCGAAGGAGAUGCUGCUCAAGUACCUGAACAAGAUCAAGCCGCUCUACGUUAAGGUCUCCCGCCGCUACGGCGAGCGCCUCCGCUUCGCCGGCGAGGAGACGGACCUGGAGCCCGACUCCUCGCCGUCACCCUCCCCUUCCCCCUCCCCGGUUUCCACCCAGCCUCCCACCGCGGCAGCGGCAGCCCCAGCGCAGCCAGUCGUCGUUGCCUGCGGCGUGCGCGCGCCCCGCGCCAGCGUGCCCGCCGGGCUGAAGCAGGUCUGCAAGCGCCUCGGCAAGAGCCGGUCCGCCUCCUCCGCCGUGGCCGCCGCGCCCUCUCCGUCUCCCCCGCCUCCGCCGUCCGCCGCCACGCAGCACCACCAGCAGCAGCCGCAGCGCCGCGACGACUCGCUGCUGCAGCUGCAGGACGGCAUCCAGAGCGCCAUCGCGCACUGCAAGCGCUCCUUCAACGCCUCCAAAGGGUCGGAGUCGCCGCUGCUGAGGACGAUGAGCGACCCGAGAGACGGCGGCUGGGCCGACACCAAGGACGGCGGCGGCGGCGGCGGUGACGGCGGCGCGUGACGCGGGACCGUCCGAUUCCGGCGCUACGGACAAACGGUGAUCGCCGUGCUCAAACCGUAGCUUAGACGCUAGUACUAGUAUUAUUAGUUGUUGAUAUCGAACACAUGAUGCCGUGAUUAAAAAAAAAACGUGCAUGUGUGCGGCCUCCUUGUCUUAACGUGGCAAAAGAUUGGGCCUCUUUUUGGCCGCGAUGAACUCCUAUCUUGUUCCUAUCUGUAAUUGCUCACCGCCGUCUUAGCUCAAUAAUCUGGUAGUGCUAGAUUAGCAGUAUGCAUGUGUAAAAUAUUUCCGUCUCCCAUGUGAAGUCACUCUCUAGUAAAUUGCUGCCCUUUCCGCUGCUACUAA